UGUUACACACAAUGAAUGGUUGAUACGUAUACAUCCAAAUGAAUGGUUCGUGUUUGAAGAAUUAAAUUAUGACGAUUUUCGUUUUCAAGAUCAGCAAUGGGAUAAAGUAGUAAUACAUGUAGGAUUAUUAGAAUUAUUUAAAGUACAAACGUCAUCUCUCAGAUAAGAAUCAUCAUGGAAUUUGAUGAAUUUUCUACACCUCCAGCGUCUCCCUGUGAAAGUGACUGCUCAGUGAAUACUUUUACUUAUAGUAUAAGGAUUCGUUGGUUGUUAAAUACAAUAAACAUGAUUCAAGAAACAACGAAAACUGUUAUGCAUGAAAUUGACCAUUUGAUUAAACAGCCUGUAGAAACAAUGAUGAAAGAAAUUAGUUUCGAACACUUAAGUAGAGAAGAUAUGAAAAUGAAGGAAAAAGAACUCCAGGAAUGGACUAUUUUAUUGACAAAUAGAUUACGAAUAAUGAGGGAAACAAAGGAACAACUAAGUGCAGACCUCGAAAUGUUUUUUAACCAGUUGUGGAAUAAAUGCUCCCCAAAACAACAUAGGUCAUGUAAAGGAGACACGAAAGACAAUGAGACGAAUUUCGAGUCAAGUUCAGAAAAUUUGAACGCAAAGGGAAAAGAAAAUAGUGAACAUGGACUUCGCAGCAAUCUGUCUAGGGAUUGGAGACUUGACAAUACAGAAAUACACGAGACAAAACAGAACUAUUGCCACACAUACCUUGACGAUAACUUGAACACGCUUUCGGAAAUUCAGAAUACCUACCUGUCUGACAUAAGUAACAGUGAAUGCAGGGAUAAAAGAGCGAACGAGAGAAACAAAGAACACAAUGAAAGUACGAACAAAGAGGUUGCUUUCGAAAAUUAUAACCAAAGGCACAUGAGUAAUAUAAGUAAAUGCAGACAAUCAGAAUUCGCAUUGCCGGAAGUUAACGGUAAACCAGUUCUUAGAUCCGAAUGGCGUAUUAACCUGUUAAACAACUCUAAAAAUACUCAACGGAAGGUUGCUAAAUACUGUAUCGGAAGUAUGAGCAAAUGUAUAUCUUCUAUUGCCUUUAUUCGAUUUUACUUGAGAGAACGAGGGAUAAAUAUACUCCUACUUAGAUAUAUUGGAAUUUCAUCAAACAGUGUGAUGCCUUUUCAUUUGACAGUAGACGUUGAAGAUAAAGCUAAGCUGAAUACUAUAUUUAACGGAAUGCGCAUACAGGAAGUACAAGAAUCAGAAUAACAAAUUUGGUGUAAUACUGAAUUUAGAUUUAUCUUACGCAUGUAAAGCCUGAAUUUGAUUAUAAUCUAAAGUGUCUGGAAUUUCUACACAAGUGGUUCUUUCGCUGUGUAUCGAACCUAUCAGACAUACCAAAAGUCCAGUCCAUUACAAGGGGUUCCUCUAGUAAUGGAUUUCUGGACAUACUUAUUAUAUACAUAAUAAGGAAUUUGUAAUAUUGGCGAUGGACAAUCAGUUGAUAAUUUUCUGGUACAGGGGAGAUAAUCAAAUUUGGAUCAUGUACCAUCGUCCUUAGAAAUGCAAUAUGUGUAUGCCUUAUAAUUUCGAUACGUUAGAAAAGUACGGCUAAUUUCAAAAGUCAUGUUCGUUUCUCUGACAUGAAUGAAGAAGAUUUUUUCACCUAAAAGUUCUUAUAGAGAAAAUAUACAUGUAAACAAUUUACAAAUAUGCAAAGGAUCUGUGAAUUUAAAGUAUAGAUCAGAAAAAUCUGUAAAUAAAAAGUGCAAUCAACAUAAAGUUUCACAUAAAUGUAUUUAUGUCUUUAUAAAAUAAACACACAGUGCUUUUUACAUAUAUACAUGUUUGUAAUGCAUAACAAUGAAAGCAGUUUGACUUUUUUUACCAAAGUUCCCCGAAGUCAUUAUUGUAAAAAAGUCCGAUCGAUGUUUACUUAAUUCACAAUGAAAACAGAUCCUAAGUAUGCAUAAUACACAGUAUUAUAGUCUUCCGUAAUUCAAAAAAUUCAAUGUAAGCAGACUUCGUCAAAUACCUAUUAUACCUAGCUUAC